UGACAUCCCAUGUUUUUUUCACUUCCGGAGCAUUUCACCAAAUUUUAAGCCUACAGUCCAUGAAAGUGGACAUUUUUCAUCCAAUCAAAUGGCAGUAAGGCUCUGCAUGAUGUAAUUUGAAAAAAAUCCACUGAACUAAAAAGCAGCAUGGCAGCACUUCAUUCCAAACACAGAAAGUACACAGUUCUUGAAGUCCUUGAAUGUAUAGCAGAUGGAAAUGUCUCAGAUGUGGACAAUAUGUUGAGUGAUGAGGAAGAUGGAGAUACAGUUGAUAGAUCUCCAACAGUUGGGCAAGACAGAGAUGAGCCACUGUUACCAGAGGUAGGGGGAGAAAUUGAGGUUGAGGCAGAGGAAAGUCAGGAUCAAGAAGACAGAGAAGAUCAUGAUGCAGAUGUAGAACCAUUACUUUGUAAUGUCACAAAGAAAAGUGAUAUUCAUUGGCGUCAGACCCCCUUUACCCCAGUACAGACUACAUGGGAAAGUCCUUCCACUGACCCUCCUGAGCCACUAACACCAUAUGGCUACUUCAAGCAGUAUGUUCCAAGUGAGAUGUUUGAACUGAUGAGCACAAUGACCAAUAUAUAUGCGGAACAAAAGGCAGUCAAGGGUUACAAACAUGCUUCAGCUUCUGAGAUUGAAGUCCUUGUUGGCCUACAUAUGGCGAUGGGCGUGUUUGGUAUUCCCAGAGUGAGAAUGUACUGGUCCUCCAGAAUCAGUAUUGGAAUUUUCAAGGAUACCAUGUCUCGAGAUCGUUUUUUUCAGCUCCGCUCCAACCUACAUGUUGUGAACAACUAUGAGAGGCCUCCGGAAGACACUGAUGUGUUCUUUAAGGUCAGGCCACUCUAUGAGUCCAUAAGGAAACGCUGUCUGCAGCUACAACUGGAGGAAGAGCUUUGUGUUGAUGAGCAGAUUGUGCCUUUCAGGGGAAAACUCUCUGUGCUCCAGUAUGUCAAAGGGAAACCUACACCAUGGGGAGUGAAGUUGUAUUUCCUUUGUGGCAAAAGUGGGCUUGCUUAUGAUUUCCUCAUCUACCAAGGUGCCACAACAGAGCUUUCUGAGCAAAGCAAAAAGGUUUUAGGCCAUGGCGCUUCUGUUGUCACGCACUUGUGCCAGAGAAUCAAGGCUCCCAACCAUAAGAUCUAUUUUGACAAUUACUUCACCACUUACAAUGUUCUUGAAGUUCUUGCAGAAAAGAAAAUCCAUGCUGCUGGAACAGCAAGGAUUUGUCGUUUUGCAAAUCCUCCACUAAAGACAGACAAGGAAAUGUCAAAGAAAGAGCGGGGAAACCAUGAUCAAGUUCGAAGUAGAGAUGGAAAGAUUGUUCUGGUGAAGUGGUUUGAUAAUCGCUCUGUUGUGCUGGCUUCCAACUUUGUUGGUGUUGGAGAAGAAGAUGAAGUUCAGAGGUGGGAUCAAAAAGAGAAGCAGUAUCUGAAGGUCAAGCGUCCAGAGGUUGUGAAGAAAUACAACAAGGCCAUGGGAGGGGUGGACAAGCUUGAUCAACUAAUCAGCCUUUACAGGAUUGAUAUCAGAUCUCGCAAAUGGCCACUGCGCAUGAUUUUUCAUGCCUUUGAUUUUGCUGUGGUGAACAGUUGGCUUGAGUAUCGCAGAGACCAUGAAAGCAAGGGAACUCAGCCACAGAAAAUCAUGGAUCUUCUUGAUUUCAAAAUGAAUGUGGCUGAAGUGCUUGUGUGUGCUGGGAAGCCGCAUGUUUCAAGAAAACGAGGAAGACCAAGCAAUUCUGACACCACCAGUACCGACCCUACUCCCCAUAAUGCAACUAGAGAAAAAAGAGGUGCAAUGGAACGUGGGCCAGUUCCUGAAGUCCAAAAAGAUAUGGUGGACCACAUGCCAAAUUAUGAUGGGAAAAAAGAAGCAACAAGAUGCAAACUGCCAGGUUGUUCUGGAAAAACACAUGUCUUCUGUGAUAAGUGCAAGGUGCACUAUUGCUUUGUGUCACAGAGAAAUUGUUUCAAAGAGGCACACCGAAAAUGA